AUGUUGCAAAAAAUUCAGCAGCAUAUAGACUCUGUUUUGACCCAAACAAUCUCGACGAAGGGCGACGAGAUUGGACGGAGGGCGACGACGAGCUAUAGACUCUGGACAGAGGGCGACGAGAUUGGACGGAGGGCGACGAGAUUGGACGGAGGGCGACGAGCUGCGGACUCAGGUGGUUGCGAGCACUGCCUCGGUGAGUCGGAGGCUUGGAGUGGAGGCCUGCAUCGCGUUGCUGGGACAAAGUUUCUUGGAGUGGGGCAGCCCAGUUGCUAUAACAGGCCGAAGCUUCUGAUCCACUUUGGGUUCUCAUUCUAA